CGAUAAACGACUUCGGUAUUUAACGUGUUUUGUUCUUAAGGUGCAAGAGAUAUAGGUCUGGCUUACCCGCUGCAUUUGACUAUAGAUAACAGUGAUUGAGAGCAAAUGAAAAAUGAAUACCAUCAAAUCCAUAUUUAGAGCUGCCUUUGUGCUACCUUUUACGGCAGGAAACGUUGUAGCAGGGAGAUCGAAUGGAAAACUCAUGCAUGACGGCAGGAUUUCCGGUUUAACCAUUUUAUCAAGUUCUGUUAUAAUUGUAGCGGAGAUUAUGCUAACAGCAAUCGGUAUUCAACAAAAUAAAGAAAAGGCUUUAGAUGUAGCACGCCCAUGUCUUAUCGUUUUGAAUUCUUGUGGCAUUGUUUCAUGCAUUGCAGUAGGAUGUAGAGAGAAACAAAGAAGUCGACAAAAUAUCAACAGCAGUUUAGCAAAUGCUACAAAAUCACUUAGACUGAAGUUUUUAUGUUUAUUUUGCUUCGGAUGUGCAAUUUAUCGAAUCAUAAAAUUAGCAGUACAUGUCAAAUGUAAAGUAUACUUACGUCCAAAUGAUAGUGUCGGACAGGCAGUUUUAUUUGAUAUCGCAUCAGUCAUAUUUUAUAUAGUACAAUUAUUUUUUAUAUAUCUUUUUUCGAAGCAAGAAUUCAGGCGUUCACUCUUCACAUUUUAUGGGCUUAUCAUGCUUGUAGUAGCUAACUUCUCUAAUUGGAUAUAUCAUUCCGCGCAUGGGUACGACUUUUUAUCGAACAACUCUAGCUCUCAUAACCAUUCCAAUAGUUCUCGGUGCCAUCACAGCAAGACAGUGACAUCACUUGAAGAUUACCCAGAUUUAGCAAAUCCGUUUUUAGAUCCAAUGCGUUUAGAAUACUCUCUUUUAUCGUUAAUUUUCAUUUCGGAAAUGUGGCCGCAAAUGCGAUCAUAUGUAUGGAGAAAUCAUGACGAUGAUAAUGAUGAGCUUUAUGUUAAUACUGAGUUAACACCUAUAUUACAACGUGGAGAACAAGAUCAAAAGGUAGCGGCAUCCAGGAAUAUAGUUAAUUCUCAGUGUCAAGACAAAGUACAGUACAAUUGCUUUAGGAGCAUUGUUUAUAUCUCCGCGAAUGGUGUUAGAAUUUCUGGAAACAAUUGGUCUCGUUAAGUUAGAUUUCGUGCUUUUAUCAAUUUGCGUGAACAUUGCAGAACACGCUCUUUUAUUCAUUGUUGUAGUUAGAUGCUUUCAUGUCAUGUCAAAUCAGUGUCAGCCCAGAAGUUCGGAUGAUUCUUAUUCUGUCGGAGAUAUUUUGUUGCUAUUAAGUUUUCUCGCAACUCUUGGGUAUUACGCGAUGCAUUUAAUGGCUCAUAUUUUCGCAGUGGUUACGAGUUAUCGAAUUAUUUUGACCAUUAAAGGUUUAAUACGCAUAAUUGCAUACUAUUUUCAAACUGUAUACAUUUUGCAAAUGAAAAAAUAUAGAAUUGUAUCUGUCAAUGGGAAAACAUCUGUUCGUUUUAUGUGUCUGUUUUUAAGCCUAGUUCAUCUAGGUUUCUGGUUUUCAGAUACAUUUUUCGUUGCACAGUUCCUAUACAAAAACAGUAUUUACAAUAACGUUUUGUAUGCGAAUAUACAAAAAGUAAGGCAAUUCUGGUUUCCUUUUGUAAUAUUUUUCAAAUUUGAAUGUUUUAUUUCUUUGUAUGGUCUCUAUAAAUCUCAAUAAAUAUUAAUAUUGACGAAAGGAAUUUCGUCACACGGAAUGUAUUAUCUGUAUUUAUCAAUAAUUGUAAUGAUAUAUGAAAGCGCUUUUACAGACAGAUCAUUAUCGUUAAAAAGACAAAAAGAAUAACACAUUAUCCUUUAGUUGCGAAAAAUAUAAAUUGAUAACAUGUGCGAAAUACCUUGUUUUUAUCAACUGAUUUACUAAGAAUUUAGUAGUUUCAUUUUUAGAUCAAUUGUCACUGCUAAGUUCUUCCCGUCCAAUUGCUAUUUAAAGGUAAAAAAAAGUAAAUAUGAUAAUACAAUUGAGAGAUAUACUGCAGUUAUCUUUUGGCUCAGGUGUUGAUAAAAAACGUGGCGGAUCCAGGAUAGGGCGAAAAAGGCGUACGCCGCCACUAUGAUCGACUUAAAUUUAACAAAAUAUAUCAUGUUUCUCAUGAUAGUUUACCCUAAAAUCGUCUAAAAAAAAUUCUGGACUCUCUACGCUUGGUGGUAUUUAUUCCGUUCUUUUUGGGGGGGAAUUAUGCCCAACUUUUAAAAAAUCCUGGAUCACCCACUGCAAAAGGUAAUAAUGAUUUAAAGUAUAUCAUUAUCUUAUAUAUAUAUAUAUAUAAUAGUGAUAAUACUUGCCUGAUAUAAUUAUACACUAUUAAUAAUAGUAAUCAGUUAAAUUGAAAUAAAGUGCAUGCACUUAUGUCACUGUUUUUGGACUAAAAACUAAAAUGAAGUCUUAUUCGUCAUACUUGAUGUGGAAUAUUUUAGAAAAACUGAAAUCUGUAUGAAACGUUUACAUUACAAAGUCGAAUGAGAAGAAAAUAUGGUAAUAUUCGUAUUCUAAAAUAAAGUUUAUUUAUUAAUUUGGAAACAUUUCAUUAUGUUUCGGGUUUAUAGCUUAUGUAUGCCUAAUUUAAUUUUAUGCUUGCAUAUCUUGUAUGAUGUUGCGUCAAAAGCAAAGAAUAGUCAAUUCAUGCAUAUUUCAUCUAUUUCAGUAUAUAGACCCACUAAAUGAAUAUUGACUGUAUCACUGUUAAGUUUCAAUUGCAUUUUACAAUAAGCCUAUCAAGGCAGUUAUUGAUAUGCUUGAUGUUUUGACAAAUAAAUUGAAACCAUAA